CCACUCGUUUUUCGCGUUUUCCUCCUCCUACCAACGGCCUUGCAGUGUAUGAAAUCUCUUGACUGUAUUUACAUUAGCGUAAAUAUGGGAAUCCCGGCCUAUCUACGUACUCAACACAACAUUUAAGAAAUAACUCCUGAGUCCUGACUCGUGACAACUAAACUGGAGUGAUAUCUCAGAUUGACUGGACGUAAACAAAUCUCUGUUGGUUGCUGGCUGGCGUCUGCCAGCUGUUUGAACGCAAAAUGGAGCAAGCUGCGAGCAGAUACCAAGUGUUACACAAUGAGGAUGACCCGUCGGAGGCCUCGGCCAGCAGUCCGCAGCCAUCCACCUCUGCACAGGGAGCCUGCGCCCUCACUCCAGAGGGCGCUGUGGGCCCGGCGGCCGAACUGGAGGUGCCCCCUCCCCCCUACGACAGCGUUGCCCUAGGAGCCACAGCUGCGCCAGAGAGCAGUUUUCAUGGGGACUUCCCUGUCCCGCCGCCCUACAGCGUGGCCACGUCUCUGCCGACCUACGACGAGGCGGAAAAGGCCAAAGCCGCAGCCAUGGCGGCCUCUGCGGUGGAGGUAGUGCCACGGGAUGAAGAUUUCCCACCUCGGGACGACUUCAGCGAUGCAGACCAGCUCCGAGUGGGCAAUGAUGGCAUCUUCAUGCUGGCCUUCUUCAUGGCUUUCCUCUUCAACUGGAUCGGUUUCUGCCUCUCCUUCUGCUUGACCAACACCAUCGCGGGUCGCUACGGAGCCAUCUGUGGAUUUGGCCUGUCCCUCAUCAAAUGGAUCCUCAUAGUCAGGUUCUCAGACUAUUUUACUGGAUUCUUCAAUGGGCAGUACUGGCUGUGGUGGAUCUUCCUGGUCUUGGGUAUGCUGUUGUUCUUCAGGGGGUUCGUGAAUUACCUGAAAGUUCGCAACAUGUCAGAGAACAUGGCAGCCUCCCACAGAAUGCGCUUCUUCCUCCUCUAUUAAAGAGGUUGCCACACCAAACAUUCCUCCCUAAUGUGAAAUUCCGUGAUGAUUUGCAACCUGUCAAAUGAACUGGACUGAAGCCCGAAGGGGGAAAAAUAAGACGAAGACGACGACGAAGAAGAAGAGGAGGAGAAGGAGAAGGAGAAGGAGAAGGAGGGAGGGGGGCGUCAAGAAAAAAGAAGAGGAAAGGGAAGAAAAAAAAGAAGAUUGUUCUAGUGUUGCCAAAAAAGCCCCAGCUCCUCUCAUUGAACAGUCAAAGACCCAAUGCAGUCCUUCCUCCCCCCUAAUAUAAAUGAGUACAGAUUAAACUAAGUUAAUAUUAGGUUUGUGUAAUAUCCUUCCUUGUCUUUGUAUGCUCUUAUUUAAUUAUGUGCUACACGAUUUGAACUGACACACACAGACACACGCGCGCGCGGACACACACACACACACACACACACACACACACACACAGGUUACCAAGUGGCUCAAGCACACACACACACACACACACACACACACACACACACACACACACACACACACACACACACACACACACACACACACACACACACACACACACACGCUACCAAGUGGCUCAAGCACACACACACACACACACACAUUACAAAUGCAACACUUCACAAUGUGGAAUGAAGCUUCGUCAAGAUCUAAUAUUAACUUGUAGAGAGAGACGAGUUCCCAUUAAGAGUGUGCAACCAGGAUGGGCUAUGCAAACAAGUUCUUCUUCAAUUACGAAGAAUAAAUGUAGUCAGUUGGAACCCCCGUCUCUUCCCUCCCCCCCUUGUCCCAACUCUCAGCCCUUUGCUUGUUAAAUUUUAAAUUCCUCUAUAAGCUUUGUUGCAUUGAAGUAUUGAAAAUGAACAUGUCUGUAAUAAUGCAAAAUCUCUGUCUUUCUUUCUUUCUUUCUUUCUUUCUUUCUUUCUUUCUUUCUUUCUUUCUUUCUUUCUUUCUUUCUUUCUUUCUUUCUUUCUUUCUUUCUUUCUUUCUUUCUUUCUCUUAUGGUUUGAUCAUUGGAGCUGAUGCCAUCUAAAAGAUGUGUUUGCACUACAUGAGAAUUUGUCUCCCUCUCCUUCUAAAGUUGUGACUGGCUAAUAGUCUUAAUAGUUUAUGAGUUAUAGAUAGCUUUGUCAAUCAUGUUUGGAAAAUUCUGGAAUUUGUACUAGUAUUAUAUAACGAUGGAGAGAUUUUGUCCUUUUUUUUGCCAUUUUUGCACCAUUAUAAUUUAAAAAUUGAUAUUUCUUUCUUUCUUUUAUGGAAUUGUCAUUGUAGUGACAUGGUAUAGAUUAUUACAAUCUGCUGAAACUGUGAUACGUUUCUCCCUGUCUUGGCUAGAUUUUAAAAUGCUUGAAAUGCUAUGAAUAUCAUUCUCUCGGUUUUACACAAAUCAGUCUACUCAGCAAUAUCCUGUUAUAUAAUGGGUAAGUGCAUGGUUAGCUCGGUUGCACUUGUUGGGAUAAUAAAGCAACGAAACAAAUCUUACAGUCUUAAAAACAGUGUUACAUGGUUAUUUCAGUAGAACAUCUGUUAAGCCAAGCCAAACUUUCCUUUUUGUUCUGUCAAGAGUGGACGGAUAUUUUGAAGCAUCUUGAGUGUCAGAGAGAUGGGAUCGUUUGUUGGCCGUGUGUUUCAUUCUCUUGUCUUGCAGAAUUGCCAAUAAAGUUCCACAGGAACCUUCUGACCCUUU